AUGCCAACUGAACUCUCCUGGGCCGUGAGAAUGCACGCCAUCUCCGACCUCCACUCCUCCCUCACCCUGCGACUCCUCAACAAGGGGCCCGAGUACCUCCGCAGGCAGAUGGAGGCAGGCAACCCGGGCAGGAAAAGUGCCGUGGAGAGGCUGGCGGCCGAUAAGGCCAAGUACGUAAAAAGCCAGCAGGUAAUCAGCACCAAGCAGGAACCCGUCAUCGUGCUUAGCUCAGCCUCGGAGAGCAGCAGCGAGACCUGUUCGGUGGAGAGCAAAAAAAUCAGCAGGGACUUUGGCAGAGGGAAGGGCGCGAAGCCCCUGGAGCUGGCUAAGGCGGUGUACUCCUGCCGUGCCCCCCUGCAGCACGGCCCCCCCAUAGCCAGGCGCAGCACCCCCAAGAGGCAGAUGCGGCCAGAUUCCCUGGUGAUUUACCGGCAGAAAUGCGAGUUUGGGAGAGGUCAAAGCCAGGACAGCUCACGGGGGAGCUUGGUGAGGAGGAUCUUCCAAGGGCCUGUGAAGGAGAAGCAGUUGGCUUCCCCUGAGAUGCCCAGAGUCAUGGAGUACACCGCAGCCACCGAGAGCAAUGAGCCUCUCUCAGCAAAACACUGUGACCAUCAGCCGAGCAACCACGGAGCGGAGCAUACCGUCACUGGGAGCACCGAAGCCCCAGGGGUAUGUACCAAAGGGCAUGAGAGACCCUCAAAACCAAGUAUACCUCCUGAGGAGGUCAAGGAGGUGAAGAGGAGAGGUCUCCAUCGCUCCCAGUCGGACAUCAGCUCUCGCUACUCCAAGUCCUUCUCCGAGUUUGAUACAUUUUUCAAGUACUGUGGCCUGGAGCAGGAGGUCAUCGAGGAUCUUGGGAGAGAGAACUUCUCCGUGAUGUCCGACAACGUCUCCUUCAAGAUCCGCAGCAUCAGCGUGGCAACGUCCGAGAGUGACUUCACUAGGCACAGCGGGGACGAGGGGCUGCUGGAGGAUGAACUCACAGAGCAGGUCCCGAGCAGCACCUCCGUGAUCGAGCGCAACGCUCGGAUAAUCAAAUGGCUGUACACGUGUAAGAAAGCCAAGGAGACUAACAAGGUGAUCCAGGAACUGGCAUGA